AUGUCUCCUCAGGAUCCUACAGUUCUGAGCUUGGGACCCCCUCACCUGGACACCAACCCAGCCUCCAACUGGCCUGGGCUUCGGGCCCUUCUGCAGCAGCUACCCCCACAGGACGUUGAUGAGCGCUACUGCCUGGCCCUUGGGGAGGAGGAGCUGGCCCAGCUGAGGGUCUUCUGUGCCUGGAGGAGGAGGGAGGCUAUGGGACAGGGGGUAGCCUGCCAACUGCCUCCCAAACUGGAAGGAAGGGCCUGUGAGAAGUGCAGGCAGCGGUUGAGGCCUGGAGAGUACGGGGUAUUCGCACCUCGGGCCGGAGAGUGGCGCUGCUGGCACCGGCCUUGCUUUGCCUGUCAGGCCUGUGGUCAGGCCCUGAUAAACCUCAUCUACUUCUACCAUGAUGGGCGUCUGUACUGCGGCCGUCAUCACGCUGAGCUGCUGCUGCCCCGCUGCCCGGCUUGCGAUCAGCUGAUCUUCUCCCCGCGCUGCACCGAGGCGGAGGGGCGGCGCUGGCACGAGAACCACUUCUGCUGCCAGGACUGCGCCGGGCCCUUGGGCGGGGGAAGUUAUGCCCUGCCGGGGGGCGGCCCCUGUUGCCCCCGUUGCUUUGAGAACCGCUACUCUGAGGCAGACUCGAGCAUGACCCUGUCACUGGAAGGAAGGGCGCCCCUUGGUAAGGAGGGUGCGGAGUCCGACCCUGCUGAAGGAGGGGACCGCGCCCAAUUGAACACCAGGACCGACUCUAGAGCAACUUUACUCGCCGCUGCUACCUGCUCCAGCCCGGCGACUCAGUGUGAGAGCCUUGGAUCCAAACUCCAGGAGGAAAGCCGAGCUGAGGAUAUGGCGGAGGAGAUGCCUUCUGAUCCCAAGGAGGAUGCUCUCUGCCCCACCUGCUCCUCCUCCUCUGACUCCGAACCUGAUGGCUUUUUCUUAGGCCAGCGCCUCCCGCGGCCAGGGGAGACCCCCAGCAGCAUCCAAGCUGGGGAUUCCGGGAAGCCAUGCAUCAUUUGCUAG